ACCAAAACCACGACCAACUCGUUCGAUUCGCAAUAAUGUCAACAUCUCCCCUCCCUCCAACCGACACAAUAGCCACAACCGACUCCUUCACCUACCCACCCCACCACUCCUUCCCACCCUUCUACACCCUCCAACCAAACCAAGCAACCCUGACCCGCCAACUCUCCCUCUGGUCCUCUCUAAUCCGCUCCCACUUCUCCCACCACCGCACCUUCAAACUUCCUCUCUCCUCCGCCCCCACCCUCCCUCUCUUCUCCAACGCCAAACUCAAUCGUUCCCUAGACCCCCUCGCCAUCCGCCAAAUCCUCGACUUCAUGGCCACCUCCACACCCCCCACAGCCUCCUACACUUCUUCAGACAAGACCGUCGCGUGGAUAUGGUGGCGCACGCCCUCCGAAUGGGCGGACAAAAUCGCUUCUUGGGUGGAGGAAACGGGACAAAAGGGAGUAGUGUUGACGAUUUAUGAGUUGAGGGAGUCGGAUGCGGUUCAAGGGCAGGAAUGGGUGGGGAUGGAUGAGGAUAUGUUGAGGAAGGUUUUGGAUGUUUUGGUCAAGAAGGGGAGGUGUCAGGUUUUUGGGCAGGUGGAUGGGAGUGGUGUCAAGUUCUUUUGAGCCGUCUUGUUGGUUGUUGUGGGUGGUUGUGUUGAAAGAGGAAGGGAUGGUCGGGGAUGGAUGCUUCUGGUUUUCCUGGUGUGCGGACUCGUCUGGCUCAAGACAAGGAUGGGCG